AUGGCUUCUUCGCGUUGGUGGCUCUACAUACAGGCCAUCUUUUGGCGUUUCCUGAUGCGCAUCGGCAUGUUUCUUCAUGACAUCGGUCCACCCCGACCACCCCGACCGCAAUUUACCCGCACCGUCAACGUCGACAAGCACCACCAUUCCCUCGUCUUGCAUUUCUACGUCCCACCCAACUAUCACGAACAGCGACGUCUGGGCCAUAAAUAUCCUGUAUGUGUCAACUUCCACGGUGGGGGUUUCACCCUCGGGGCAGCCACGGAUGAUUCCCGAUGGGCGAAAUCGUUCUUGGAACACGUCGGCGCGGUCAUGGUUAGUGUCAGCUACCGGCGGGCCCCGGAGCACCCAUACCCCGCCGCCGUGGAUGACGGAGUCGAAGCACUCUUAUACCUGGCAAUGCACGCUGGUGAACUGGGGCUGGAUGUGAGCAGGGUAGCGCUGAGCGGGUUCUCGGCGGGUGGUAACCUGGCUGUGACCGUGCCGUUGCGGCUACGUGGUCGCAUAUCGACAGAAAUCAAAGAGCACUUGGGUCGAGCAGAAUCAUCACAGAAUCUCUUGAGUCAGGUCUCUGAUUUGAACAUCGUCGCGUUGUUCGCUUGGUACCCCAUUCUCGAUUUCCAGGAAUCUCGUGACCAUCGUCGGGCCAUGAGUCUCAUGCCGGACAAGACUCUCCCCGCUUUCUUCACAACCCUGUUUGAUGAGUCCUAUCUGCCCAAUCUGGAUGAACGUGACUCGCCAUAUGCCUCUCCAAUCCAUGCGUCCGACCGUCUGUUGUCAGAAGGCUUACCACGUGACAUUUUCAUGUUCAUCUGUGAGUGGGACAUGUUGAUGAAGGAAGGUCAAGCUUUCGUCCGUCGCUUGGAGACACUCGGAAAGCGUCCUCGUGCCAUGCUCAUCGAGAAAGCCCGACAUGCCUGGGACAAGUCUCCUAAUCCUUGGAGAGAUCAAGAUAGCGUGGACGUGCUGUAUCGUGACGCAUGUGCGUCCAUGAAAGGAAUCUUCGAUCGGUGA